UAUUUAUUUGGUGACUUCUCCACAGCACAUUGUGUGGGCCGACAACGAUUUCCCAAGAUGUCGAGUCGCUCAAGAAUAAGUCUCGCUUUGCGGAGGGCACGAAUUGCUCAGCCAAUCCACCCAAGACAGCUCCGUCCACUCUCGCAGAUUCGAUGGCAAAGUACAGCAAGUACCGAGGAUGCUGAAGGCGUUGCAAAGGGCACGACAGGCACUUCGAAAACGGUCAAAUUUACGUCCGAGACAUACCCAGAAAUCAAAAGAGAUUCGAGGUUCGCAGAAAUAACGGCAGAUCAUGUUAAACAUUUCAAGGAGUUAUUGGGGAAAGAUGCUGCUGUUAUUGAUGGAGUUACCCAAGAUGCUACAGACGAUAUUGAGCCUUUCAAUGGGGACUGGAUGCGAAAAUACCGGGGGCAUACAAAGUUGGUGCUGAAGCCUGGCUCAACAGAAGAAGUCAGCAAGGUCUUGAAAUACUGCAAUGAUAAUAUGCUGGCUGUGGUGCCGCAAGGAGGAAACUCUGGACUUGUUGGUGGCUCGGUGCCGGUAUUUGAUGAGAUUGUUAUCAACAUGAGCCGGAUGAAUCAGAUCCGGUCGUUCGAUGAUGUAUCUGGAACACUGGUUGCAGAUGCUGGUUGCAUUCUGGAAGUUGCAGAUGGAUACUUGGCGGAAAGAGGACAUAUCUUUCCCCUAGAUCUUGGUGCCAAGGGUUCGUGCCAUAUUGGAGGCAAUGUUGCCACGAAUGCUGGAGGGCUGAGACUGUUACGUUAUGGAAGUUUACACGGAAACGUCUUGGGUCUUGAGGCAGUAUUGCCAGAUGGAACUAUUGUCGACGACCUUUCCAAGUUACGGAAGAACAACACUGGGUAUGACCUGAAGCAACUGUUUAUUGGAGCUGAAGGCACAAUCGGAAUCAUAACAGCUGUUUCCAUUAUAUGCCCGCAGCGCUCGAAUGCGAUCAAUGUCGCAUUCUUCGGGCUGGAAUCUUUUGAAAAAGUCCAACAAGCCUUCAGGGAAGCCAAAGGACAAUUGUCUGAAAUCCUGUCAGCUUUUGAGCUUAUGGACAGUCACUCCCAAGACCUCGUUCAUGCUGUCACCAAGAACAAGCGUCCUUUAGAAAGCGAAUGUCCUUUCUAUUGCUUGGUGGAGACUAGUGGAUCCAACAGCGAGCACGACAAUGAAAAGCUUGAGAAAUUCCUCGAGUAUGUCAUGGAAAAGGAGAUUGUCCUCGAUGGAGUAGUGGCUCAAGAUGAGACCCAAGUCAAGGCAUUAUGGGGUUGGAGGGAAGGUAUCCCCGAGUGCUUGGGACACUGGGGCGGUGUCUACAAGUAUGAUUUGUCGAUACCCAUCAACGAGCUUUACACCCUGGUCGAUGAUGUUCGAGAAAAGAUCACGGAUGCCGGUCUGAUCGGAGAAGGGGAGGAGCAUCCAGUUGUAGAUGUCGUUGGCUACGGACACAUGGGUGAUUCGAAUCUGCAUCUGAACGUUGCAACAAGACGGUAUGACAAGAAAGUUGAGAAGGAACUGGAACCAUUCGUUUAUGAAUGGGUCUCGAAGAGAAAUGGUAGCAUCAGUGCUGAACAUGGUUUGGGAUUGGCGAAAAAGAACUACAUUGGAUACAGCAGGAGUGACACUAUGGUUGCAUUGAUGAAGCAGAUCAAAAAUCUUUAUGAUCCAAACGGCAUCAUGAAUCCAUACAAGUACAUAUAGAAGAAAAUGUUAUCACAAGUUCUUGUACAUAUUUGAUCUUGAUGGUACACUACACCAAAGAGACUCACAGCCUAGCGCAAGUUGGUCCCGGGUUGGGACUGCCACGAUAAAGUAAAGUUAUCCUUGAGCCGGAGUUGGCGGGAAAAGCUCCCAGUACAGAAAAUCGAGGAAGCCGCAACAAUAGAGU